AUUUGCUCGAGUUCGCAUCGUCGUCGUUGAGUCGCCAGCGAAACGCGCGCGUUUUCUUAGCGUUUCCUGCAGCCUCAAACCUCCGCCCGUUGCGCGUUUUGUGUGUGAUUUUUGCUUACAAGUGCUGACGCAAGUGCCUGAGCGAGUUGUGGAGCCGAACCCGUACGCGUUCUUGCAUCACGAAUUGAGAAUGAAGAUGCAACAUCGACUACUCUGCCUGGCUCUAAUCGCCCUCAGUUCCUCUGCCCUGGCACAGGAAUACGGAGGAUACGACUAUCCAGUACCGAAGGUUUCCUUUACGGAUGGAUACUCCUAUCCCAAGCCGGCAAUACCGUUCCCCCCGCCAGCACCCAAAGUGAGCAGCGGAUAUUCGUAUCCAAAGCCAUUGGUGCCAUUCCAACCGGAACAGCCGAAGUAUAGGCCGCCGGUGCAGCAGAUCAUUCCACAGGAGCCGAAACUGGUGCAGGGAUACUCCUAUCCGAAGCCAGCGGUGCCAUUCCCACCUCCGACGCAGCCGCAGAACCGAGUGACGACAGCAGGAUACGUUUAUCCCACGCCAUCCAUUCCCUUCCCACCACCACCACCCAGCAAUCCUCCACCACAGCCGAAGCAGGGCUACGAGUAUCCCAAACCCAGCAUCCCAUUCCCACCUCCCACUCUCCCGCCCCAGAAAUACUUGCCUCCUGUGACGACUGCGAGUCCUCCAGUGCCCAAGUACCUGCCUCCGCCUCAGCAGAAGCAGGGAUACGAUUAUCCCAAGCCAGCCAUUCCGUUCCCACCUCCGACGAAUCCACCGCAGAAAUACUUGCCACCAGUGACGCCUACGAAGCCUCCACAGCCGAAAUACUUGCCACCUGCCAUCAAACCAACACUCCCACCCCAGCCGAAGUACCUGCCGCCCCCACCUCAACCGAAACAAGGCUAUGAGUACCCGAAACCAAUCGUUCCAUUCCCACCACCAACGAAUCCACCACCACAGGUCAAACAAGGGUACGACUAUCCUAAGCCAGCCAUUCCAUUCCCACCGCCCACCAAUCCCCCGCAGAAAUACCUACCUCCCGUUGUCCCAACCAAACCACCGCAACCUAAGUACUUGCCUCCUGUCAAGCCCACCAACCCACCACAGCCGAAAUACCUCCCACCUCCUCCUCCGCCACCUCCUCAGCCGAAACAGGGUUAUGAGUAUCCCAAGCCCGCCGUUCCAUUCCCACCACCGCAGAAAUACUUGCCACCUGCUACCACACAGCCACCCCAGCCCAAAUACUUGCCGCCCGUUCAACCCACUUUCCCGCCGCAGCCUAAAUAUCUGCCACCUCCGCAAGUGAAACAGGGAUACGAUUAUCCCAAGCCCGCCAUUCCAUUCCCACCUCCCACGAAUCCACCACAGAAAUAUUUACCUCCUCCCGUGAGCACAGCUCCACCUCCACCCCCACCACCGAAGUACUUGCCCCCAAUUAGGCCAACAAACCCACCGCAGCCCAAGUACCUGCCACCUGUCCAACCAACCAGUCCACCGCAGCCCAAGUACCUGCCACCUCCUCAGCCCAAACAGGGCUAUGAGUAUCCCAAGCCAGCCAUCCCAUUCCCUCCUCCCACUAAUCCCCCACAGAAGUACUUGCCACCCGUUAGGGUAACCCUGCCCCCACAGCCCAAGUACUUGCCUCCCGUACAGACAACCCUCCCACCACAGCCUAAGUAUCUGCCGCCCCCGCAGCCCAAACAGGGCUACGAGUACCCCAAACCCGCAAUUCCCUUCCCUCCUCCCACGAAUCCACCUCAGAUAUACUUGCCACCCAUCACCACCACCACCACCACACCUGCACCACAACCACCCAAGUACCUGCCACCCCCGCAACCCAAACAGGGUUAUGAGUAUCCCAAGCCAGCCAUCCCAUUUCCUCCACCCACCAAUCCUCCACAGAAAUACCUUCCUCCCGUUGUGCCCACCAGUCCACCACAGCCCAAGUACCUCCCCCCACCCCAGCCGAAGCAGGGAUACGAAUAUCCCACGCCAGUCAUUCCCUUCCCGCCGCCCGCACCCAAGACAGAUGGUUACUCCUAUCCCAAGCCAGCGAUCGCCUUUGAUUUCUGAUCCCUCAUCCGUCGCUCCCCAGCCCACACAAUACCCAAAUCACUGAUCAAAUGACACGAUUGCCUCUGUGUGCGCAUAGUGAUCCUUAGGAACGUACGAAAUUGAAUAUUUGUAAUUAACUGUAAUAAUUUAAUUUAAUAUGUACCUAAUUUUUAAUGAUAUACCAGGGUCCUGCCCGCGAACUCUACGAUCGAACUUAGUCAUUAAAAUAUGUUUAUUAAAUUUAUGUUUUAAAGAUUACGCAGCGCUGCCGAAAUUAAACGACCUAUGUGAAUGUUAA